UUUCCCACCGAUUCACCUCAGUCUCAUCUCUAACUCUAAACCACUGGAAAGAAAACUCAAGGAUCAUGCAUCAAACUCAGAUCUUUCUAGAGAGAUGCGAGGGGAAAAAAUAAAUUUACCACACGUGGAAAAAGCAUUAGAGAAAACCCCCAAACCAGCUAAAACAUUCCUUGACAAGUCCAAAUAUUCCAAAGAUUUUGGAUGCUCUACUAGUAAUCUGUUAAAUGUACCUACAUUUUCUCAUGAUGGACAAAAGGAAAGUAGACUGGAAAAGCAAACGUGGCUAGAGAUACCGGUUCCAAAGACUUCAGACCGAUUGUCUCCUGAGAUAGCCAAGCUUCCAGAAUACCAGUCAUGCAAAAAUGAGAAGAAAAUAAGAAGUGAUUAUGACAAAGUCCAUAUGCAGACAAAAAGGGAAAAAGAAGCCCUACAGUUGAAGGUUAGCGAGUUAGAGGCUGAGCUGAGAAGACAAGAAGUUUAUAAAAAGUCCAAUGAAGAACAUGAAUGUACAUCUGCCAGUUUGGAUGGACCUUAUCAAGGAUGUCUUUUCAUGGAAAGUUGUGAAAAUAAUUACAAGAACAAAUUUACUAUAAAUUGUGAAGACUAUCGAAAACUUGAGAAGAGCAACAGAGAAAAACAGGAGAAGAUUGGCUGUUUGCUAGCAGAAAUUGAAGAACUAAAUACAAAGCUCAACACAAUACAAUAUGCUGAAAGAGACCAGGCACAAUUGUUUAAAAGUAAGCAAAGCAAAUUGGUUUCUGAUAUAGAAGACUUAAGGUCGCAGCUCGAGAAGGCCAAGGAGCGUGAAAAGCUGAAGGUCUCCUGUCUGGAGGGAGAGAAGGCUGAAAUCCUUACAAAACUGGAGAAUACAAAGGCUGAUCUGGAAAAGCUGAAGAAAAGACGUUCACCAGUAGGUGAAUUACACAAGGACUUCUGGCUCCUGGAGAUUGAGAAACUAAAAGCUUAUGCAGAGAAGAUGAAAGAAGAAAACUUGUCUCUGUCAGACACCAUUAGAGUACUGCAGCAGGAUCUGGAGAAGAGGUCCAUAUCGUCCUGCUUUAGUCCUCAGAUGUACACAGGUGGAGCUGAAGUUCUGCUGAUCUCUCAUGGGAAUGCACCAGAAUAUACUCACACUGGAGCAACAGAUUACAAAUCCCAGGAGAUCUGCAGUUGUGGCAGAACACUACAGAAUUUAACGUCAGCUUCCAAUAAAAGUUCUUCUGCAGUGGAAGAUGUGACGGUGAAGGAAGUCUACAGGCAGAUGAAACGAGAGAGAAACCUCUUACUUGAUGUUAUGGUUAUCAUGUAUGAGAGGAGAUGGUUUGUCGAAGAAGCUUUGCCACACGUCAGAAGAGCCCUGAGGAAAUGUGGAGCCCUAUCACUUGGUGCAGACUAGAUAUGGAAUACCGUAGCUGCGAUGUUUGUCAUUAUGAUCAUACCUGGUGGAUUGUGACAGUUACACGGUGGAGCACUGAUCCAGAUCCAUGGUUAGCCAACCAAACCAACCAUUUAUAGUGGAAUAACUAUUAUAGCCCCCUUAUAUUGGACGUCUACAAUGUAUUUUUAUUGUCAUGGAAUAAUGAUCUGCAGUGUGUUGGAUUUAGGAGAAGACUGGGCACAACAUAUGAAGCUGCCAUUUUCACAGAGCCUUUCCAAACUACUCAAGAGCAAAUCUGUACUACUGCACAUUCAGAAUGCCAAGAUGGGUGACGACCAGCUGAUAAACAGGUUCCCUGCAGCAUGACAUGGGCAUAAUGUGAUAACUGAAGAUGAUAGCUGAAGAACAAGGUCACAUGAACUGCCCAUCCAAUAA